CUGGUGUGCGAGGAUGACUGGAAGCCCCCACUCACCAUCUCCUUGUUUUUCGUGGGUGUGCUGGUGGGCUCCUUCAUUUCGGGGCAGCUCUCAGACAGGUUUGGUCGGAAGAACGUGCUGUUUGUGACCAUGGGCAUGCAGACAGGCUUCAGCUUCCUGCAGAUCUUCUCAAAGAACUUCGAGAUGUUUACUGUGCUGUUUGUCCUUGUAGGCAUGGGCCAGAUCUCCAACUAUGUGGCAGCAUUUGUCCUGGGAACUGAAAUUCUUGGCAAGUCAGUUCGCAUUAUAUUCUCCACAUUAGGCGUGUGCAUAUUUUAUGCAUUUGGCUACAUGGUGCUGCCAUUGUUUGCUUACUUCAUCAGAGACUGGCGGAUGCUACUGUUGGCACUGACAGGACCAGGGGUGCUGUGUGCUGCCCUAUGGUGGUUUAUCCCUGAGUCUCCCCGAUGGCUCAUCUCUCAGGGGCGAUUUAAAGAGGCAGAGGUGAUCAUCCGCAAGGCUGCCAGAAUCAAUGGGAUUGUUGCACCCUCAACUAUCUUUGACCCGAGUGAGUUACAAGAACUAAGUGCCAAGAAGCAGCAAUCCCAUCGCAUUGUGGAUCUGCUCCGAACCCAUAAUAUCCGGAUGAUCACCAUCAUGUCCAUAGUUCUGUGGCUGACCAUAUCCGUGGGCUAUUUUGGACUUUCCCUUGAUACUCCUAACUUGCAUGGGGACAUCUAUGUGAAUUGCUUCCUUUCGGCAGCGGUUGAAGUCCCAGCAUAUGUGUUGGCCUGGCUGCUACUGCAACAUGUGCCCCGGCGCUAUUCCAUGGCUACUGCCCUCUUCCUGGGCGGCAGUGUCCUUCUCUUCAUACAGCUGGUGCCCCCAGACUUGUAUUAUUUGGCUACAGUUCUGGUAAUGGUGGGCAAGUUUGGAAUCACUGCUGCCUUUUCCAUGGUCUACGUGUACACAGCUGAGCUCUAUCCCACUGUGGUCAGAAACAUGGGUGUAGGAGUCAGCUCCACAGCAUCCCGCCUGGGCAGCAUCCUAUCUCCAUACUUCAUUUACCUGGGUGCCUAUGACCGCUUCCUGCCCUACAUUCUCAUGGGAAGUCUGACCAUCCUGACAGCCAUCCUCACCUUGUUCUUCCCAGAGAGCUUUGGAAUCCCUCUCCCAGACACCAUUGAACAGAUGUUAAGGGUCAAAGGAAUAAAAUACAGGCAAACCCCAAGCCACACAAGAAUGUUAAAAGAUGGUGAAGAAAGCCCUACAACCCUUAAAAGCACAGCCUUUUAACACAACCUCCAGAAAGUGAAAAACUGAAGAGGAAACCCUGCAUCUUGUGAGAAACUGAGUUCUUCGGUGACAAAGGGGCUUUGCCGAUUACUCUGUUGACUUGCUCGUGGAGGGCACCUAGACUCAGAGGCUGCAUAUGGCCCAGAGCACCACCUUUCCUCCAGGGAAAUGGCGGCUACAGACAUCUUAUACAUUCUAAUUAUUAUAAUGGUGGACUUGGCGCUUACAAAGAAACUAAUGAUUCAUUAGAACCAGUGGGAUUUGGAAGGAUGUGAAUGACAUCUGACAGAUAAACCUUCUAAUUUUAGACUACCUGACAAGGCCCCUGAUGAAACUGAAGGUGUGAGUUUUCUCCCUCCUUUCCCUAAAUGGUGAACCUCAGAGUAAAAGAAAUAGUUCCAGGGUGGGAGUGAAGUUCAGUGGUAGAAUACUUGUCUGGCAUGCACAAGGCCCUGGAUUUGAUCCCUGGCACCGAGAGGAAAGGGAUUGUCAUGAUUCCAGACCAGAAAAGCACAGGGUCUGGGGAACUGAAAGGUAAUUAAGGUGAGGAGGAUGGAGCAGAUGCAGGGCAGGGCAGGUGCAUUGAUUAUGACCAGUCAGUCCGGCUUCUGAGCGCACUUGUUUACAUCUGAUCAAAGCACUGGACUUGUCCGACCCAUGAGAAAUGCAUUGUUGAGUCUACUAUUCUUGUUUUCCCCUCCUGUGUAAAUCAAACCUCCUGCUACUAUAGCUACAUACCUGCAGUUUGAAGGAAAUAUGAGAAAUUGUCUCUUCUCUCAGAACUCUAAUGAGAAAGUUUUGUUUUGUUGUUUUAUGUCUGUUGUUGUGUCUACUCCUUAAGUUAUUUACCCUUCCACAGAGACUCAGGAACAGCUGGAUCGUUAGCCUCCUGGUUUGUGUCUCUUUUUUCCAACCCAGAAUCACUCUGGCAAUACUCUGCAGUUGCCACUGUACACAGCCUUAUGAGCCUUAGUCACUAGCACUUCUCUGGGUGCCAAAA